CAUGCAAUUAAAAUAUAUUAUAACCAAACAUUAGAGUUUCAUAUAUAUGGUCAUUCAUUGCAUUACUUGAACAACAAGCUGAUUCUGCACUUUGUUUAGUUUUAUGUUCUACUAUUGUUACAACUUUUUCUAGAAAAAAAAGGAGUAAGAUGCAGACCAAUGAGGAGCAGAAUACUCAACAACAGCAAGAACCUGUUGGCUCAAGGAAUGAAGCUAAUACAAUUCAGCAGGUUGGACAUCCAUGGAGUACUGGACUAUUUGACUGUCAUGAAAACCAAACUAAUGCUGUUAUGACAGCAUUUUUGCCUUGUGUAACAUUUGGACAGAUAUCAGAAGUAAUGGAUGUUGGAGAACUCAGUUGUCCUUUGGGAAGCUUCAUUUACUUGCUAAUGAUGCCAGCAUUAUGCACUCAAUGGAUUAUGGGAUCAAAGUACAGAACAAAGCUAAGGAAAAAGUAUGAUUUGGUGGAAGCUCCAUAUUCUGAUGUGAUUUCUCACAUUUUUUGUCCAUGUUGUUCCCUAUGUCAAGAGUUCAGAGAGCUCCAAAUUAGAGGACUUGACCCUGCACUUGGGUGGAAUGGUAUCCUUGCAAAACAGAAAAAUGAUCAAACAUCGAGAAAUCCUCCCUCACACCAAUCCAUGUCUAUGUGACCAUUGUUCUUUUAAAAUUAGUGAAAAUUGUAUUUCUUUUUAUUGGUUUUUGUGUUUGUGUUUGUGUUUGUGUUUGUGCUUGAUGCUUGUAAUUGAAUUAUAUGAAAAUAGAGCUAGAAGUUGCCAGUUUCUCA